AUGAGAGAUUUGGAGAACCCCUCUUUAGCUACAGAAUAUGUUGGACACAAGUUCCAAACAACAGUUGCUCGUUAUAGUCCAAGUGGCUAUUAUAUGACUUCUGGAGAUGCUCAAGGUAAUGUUCGCAUUUGGGACACUGUUAAUGAAGAGCACGUCCUUAAAACUGAAUGUCGCCCUGUCACCGACAAAGUUACUGAUAUUGCUUGGGAUUGUGAAAGUAAACGUUUGAUUGCAGUUGGACAAGGCAAAGAACGUUUUGGUCAUGCUUUUAGCUUGGACACUCUUUCCUCUGUAGGAGAAAUUACGGGCCAUAGUAAAGUAAUUAAUGCCGUCAGUAUUCGUCAACAAAGACCAUUCCGUGCCGUUACUUGCUCUGAUGAUAUGACAGUUUCCUUUUUUACGGGUGUCCCUUUUAAACAUGUAAAGACAAUUCGCGAUCAUACUAGAUUUGUUCACUCUGUUCAGUUUAGUCCUAAUGGUGACUUCUUUGUAAGUGGUGGUGCAGAUGGUAAAAUAUUUUUGUAUGAUGGUAAGACGGGUGAUAAGUUGGAUGAACUCGUUUCCGAGGAUAAUGCACAUAAGGGUAGUGUCUUUGCUCUUGCUUGGUCUCCUGAUAGUACUCAACUUUUAUCCUCUUCUGCUGAUUACACUGCAAAGAUUUGGGAUAUAAACACUAAAUCAGUUGUGAAUACUUUUGAAAUUAAUUCAGCCCUUAACAAAGUCGACAACCAACAAGUGGGUAAUUUGUGGAAGAAUGAUUAUUUAAUCACAGCUUCUUUGUCUGGUGAACUUAGCUACUUGGAUAAAAACUCUGGUAAAGUUUCUCGUCGUAUUGACGGACAUAGUAAAGCUAUUACUGCACUUACUGUUAAUCAAGAAAAUGAUACAUUCUUUACCGGCUCUUAUGAUGGCCGUGCCUAUGGUUGGAAGUAUGGUGAAGAGGGCGAUCAUACACUUGCUAAACGUAUUGAAGGCGAAGGACAUGGAAAUCAAGUAACUGCUUUGUCCUUAAAGCAAGAUGAACUUUUAUCUAUUGCCAUGGAUGAUACUAUUCGACUUGGUUCGAGCAAAGAAUUCAAAUACAGUGGUAAGGCUGCUUCUACCGGAUCUCUUCCUACUUCACUUUCUAUUUCAGAUAAUAAAACAGCUGUUAUUGCAACAAAUGAAAGUAUUGUAGUCUAUAAUGAUGAGCUCAAAAAAAUAGGUGAACUCAAAAACCCUGACUUUACACCUUAUGUUACUGCUAUUAGUCCUGAUAGUAAAACUGUAUUUGUUGGAAGCACUCAGGAUAAUAAAGUUCGUAUCUAUGAAUUAAAUGAUGGAAAUUUAAGCCUUAUUGGUGAACUUGUCAACAAUCUUGGAAAUAUUACAUCUUUAGCAGUACAUCCUAAAUUAACUAAUCUUAUUGCAGUUGGUGAUAGUGUAGGUAAAAUCUUUAUCUAUGAUCUAGAAACCAAAGAGCCCAUCAUUCAGAAUUGGGUCUUCCAUUCAAGUCGUAUUACAUCUAUGGAUUGGUCUUCAUGUGGUAAUUAUUUGGUUAGUGGCAGUAUUGACACGAAUAUUUAUGUCUGGAAUCGUGAAAAGCCUUUCAAAAAAGUGGCUAUUAAAAACGCUCAUGUACAUGCAGUUAAUCAAGUACGUUUCUUGCAUAAAGCAGAAGGCUUGACCAUAAUUUCAGUUGGUCAAGAUUCUGCUGUUCGUGUUUGGGAAGUUGCUUUUUAA